AUGGACCUGGAUGCACUGAGAAUGGAAGUAACUGCAAGCACACCACAAGCAUUCAGUACUCGAAGAUCCUUAAAUGAGAACAAUGAUUGGGACUGCGUUGACGCAGCGACGUGCUUUUACAAUGCCAUUUGCGCUGACCAAGUCAAGUUUCAAAAGUGGUUAUCCGAAAUCGACAGUCGGUUUCCCUUUCGUUCUACCACAGAAAUUUCCGAGGAAGACCGGUCAUCAUUUGCGGAAGUUUUGUGCAAUUUUGAAAGUGAUCAGGGUGUAAUCAACAACCACGAGAUCGUCAAAAUCCUGGAAACUGAAAGUGGAAAUGCGCUGGUAAUUGGACGUGGAUAUAUUACCGACAAGCACGGAGGCCCAGAUUUUGGCCUCUACACAGCUCUCAAGGCUUCCAUUGAGCGCCACCAUCGACUUUCGGAUGCACUAGAUCGGACAUGCGAAUCUUGUCGGAUUAAACCACCCGUGAAGAGUGAGCCUGCUAUUUCCAAAAUAAGCCAUCAAGUUCGGACGUGGAUUCCAAUGAUUUAUUUACAACCUUUCAACUUAAAAACACGACUACUUAAGCAGGCGGCAAUCACCCGAAAUUUCGUACUGUCUGUCUGGGACAGCUAUGUGAAAGAGGCAGGCCAGGCAAUCGUAGACCUCUUCUACACCAUGUUUGCUCGGUGGAAUAGAGACAAGGUAGAUGCUGACUAUGCCACUGUCAGUGCUGAUAUAAGAACUAGUCUUCAGGCGUUUUUCAAGUCUCUUGAGGAGAGUCUGACUGAUGACUGGGAAUGUGGGAUGCAUUAUGAUCUAAUUCUGAAGCAAUUGCGCUUGCUACAAUCCAAUGACAAUUUCGUUCAAGACACAUCCCAAACAGAAACAAAUGAUUUGAAUUCCAAAGAUUCUCUCAACGAUGCCAGCAUUCCAUCGCCUCCACCUCCCUUCGGCAGAGGAGCACCUUCUUGUCAGGAAGAACCCUGCGUCGUGAAAAAGACUCCUGCCAAAUUGGUAAAACAGUAUGACAGCGAGCCUUGCAUUAUUGAGGCCACAGGCGAACUACAGCAGCAGGCUCAUGCAGGGCGCUACAAGUCAGUGGAUUUGUCGUUGAAGGGGAUUGAUAAAUGCUCUCGGUUUCGUGCGCGAUCGUUUGGACAGGGCUCGAAAUCCUUGCCGCGCACAGCCUACCCGCUGUCCGUGAUGCGGUCACCACCGAUGAACGUGUCAUCUAUUUCUUCAGCCUUCAAGACCAGGAACUAUCAAAUAGGCUAUGUAAUAAUCAUGAGGCCCAGCUUCCGCGAAAGAAUCACCACGGUGCUGGACACAAGACGGCGUAAACGCGUUUCCAUCCACGUGGCGAUUGAGCGUGGCGUGGCUGGCUUUGAGGGAGGGGAUGCAGACGAGCGGCACCUCAGCGAGGAAGAGCAGAAGCAAGCCUUUUUUGUGUACGAUACGGCGCUCGGGAAAAAACUCAACUACUUGGAAGCUAUCAAGGCUGGGAUCAUUCAUUAUGACUCCUCAGCAAAAGAGAGCAUCGUUUUUGACGAAUAUGCUAAAUCUGAGUGGCGUGGAGUUAAGUCGAUUUACCAUCCUCUCGUCUAUCGAGUGGAACAAGUUCGUGAGGUUGUUGAACGUGAUGGCAAGCUUAUCCGGCAGAAACAUAAGUUCAUGUCGUUCGAGAAGGCCGUGACACUCGGCAUCAUCGACAAAAAGACCGCCGAAUUUGUCAUUCACACAAACGGGGAGGAAGUUCAGCGUCUGCCUUUUGUCAAGGCGCUUGCUUAUGGCCUUGUGAAAGUGGUGGUACUACGUCACUGCCUCAUUGAAAAACUCCCCAGAGAGAACUGCAUAUUUGCCUGA